CUGUUGCUGCUGCUGCUGCUGCUGCAAUGUGGGCACCCACACCUCCCAUGGACACCCUCAACACGCCUUGCUCUUCCCGGUCGCCCACACCGCCCCAUCAUCAGCAGCAGUACCCAUACCAGUACCAGUACCAAUACCAACAACCUUCUUCACUCUUCUCUGCUGCUCCUGCACAAACAGCAACAACAACAACAUCUCCAUCCAUGUCUCCAUCAUCAUUACACGAACAAGAACCGUCGGUGGUGGCAGAACCAAAGCCAAAGCCAACAACCCAGAAAAAGACACAAAAGAAAAAGGAAAAGCGCAUGUCAGGCCGGCGGGUGAUGAAUUUAUCAACCGAUGAAGCUGCAGCCGAACGACGACUGUACCGGUGUAACGAGUCGGGAUGCGGCAAACUCUUUAAGCGUUCCGAACAUGUCAAACGCCAUUAUCGAUCCAUUCACACAAAGGAAAAACCAUACGAAUGCCCUUACUCUGAAUGCAAGAAACGGUUUUCUCGCUCGGAUAACUUGAACCAACAUAUUCGAAUCCAUCGUCAGUCAUCAUCAUCAUCAUCAUCACCUACUACUACUACUACUACAACUUCCAAGGAACUAUCAAACAAGCGCAGGCGCUUGGAUUAAAAAAACAAACACGCAAUUCACCUUUUACUUAGUAUACACACACACACGCACUUUUUUUUUCAUCUUACGACCACACACACUAUGUUUUUUUCAUUCUUUACAACAUACCCCACACACACACACACCAUGGACACUCGUUUUUUUCAUUUUUCAUUUUUCUUUUGCUUUUUAAUAAUUACGGUUUUUCAAUUUUUUUUUUUUUACUUGGUGCUUUAUGUUCUUGGGCUUAAUAAAACCGAAAGAAAAACUUGUCAUCAUUUUGCAUUUAAAAAUACAAUUCCAGAUUUGUUUUUUUUGGGAGGGCUUAUUUUGACACUGGCAACGUUUUUUUCUUCCCAGAUACGGCAGGUUUGUGUGGGGGUGAAAAAUUCAUUGUGCUGAUUUACACACACACUGGAUACCCUUUUUGUUAGCCUGGGAACAUGAUUCGCUGAUAUAGCAUCAUCACCACCCAAACCAUCAUGCUUUUUUUUUUAAAAAAAAUGGGGG